AUGGGUUUGAUAUCCAAAGACGCUAAGGCUACGUUAAAUUCGAUGAAGGAGAAAAACAUGGCAAUGAAGGAAGAAAUGAUGAAGAUAAGUCAGGAGAUGGACGCUGCUGAGCUAGGUCAACAUGAACGGUCCAAUAAAGAUCUUGUCAAUAACCCAUUGUUCAAAACAGUUCAGGAAUCAUCCACAAGUCUGACACAUUUCGGAAGCACCUCAUGGGAAGCACAAUUAUCAUCAGAGCCACUAUUCAAAGCCAUAUUGGAUGAGUCACAUAAUGUACUAGAAAAUGAAUUUAAAGCUCACCAGAGACCUGAUAAUCAAAGAUCAACUCCUGAAAGAGAAUUUGAACAUGUAUUGGAAGUUUCAAGUCUUAUACAAACAAUCAACCAUACUGCAAUUGAUGGGUCGGGAUGUCAAUUGGAGGAACAUAUUUUUAGCUCAAUGCAUCAAAUUGUUGGAAAAAUUGAAGAUUUGCUACCUGAUAUGACUAUAAUAAAACAUAUUUUAUGGUUAUAUAAAGAAUAUAAUUCCAUUGAAGCUAUAAAUUUUCAAUCAAUCAAUUUUGAAUUUUUAGAUUCCAUUGUGUGGAAUUUUCUAUCUGAAUCAAAUGAGAUAAAAGGGAAAGCAAUCAUAACUUUGAACUUUCCUAAUGAUUUCCAUAAAAUUUCAGGUUUUCUAUUAUUUUUAUCAAGCUUUUGUUGGUUAAUAUUUUGUCAAAGUUUAUCCCCAGUAACUGAUCGACAUGUUGAUUUCAAAUUAAUAACAGAAUAUGAAGAUGCUCUCUAUUUAUUGGCACAUAAUUAUCUAUCUUCAAAAAAUGAGUUGAGAUACUUAUAUACCGUGGAAGCAUUUCAAGCAAUAAUGUUAACACGGUGGUUUAGACAAUUUGUACCAAAAUCUUUAGAAGCACAAAUUGGUGGUACUCAAACUUCAGUAUUUGUUAGAAGGAAAAUUACUUUAGGUAAGAUUUUGAAUUUGAACAAAGAUAUUGAUAUUUAUUAUGCUCAUAAGUCAGAUUUUGUACGAAAGCAACUAAAAAGUCUUUGGUAUGCUAUGGUGAAUUUUGAUUCGAUUCAAUCAUUUGAAACUGGUAUCCCACCAAAAAUUACAGAUCCAAUCAUAAGGUAUAAAGACUUCAAAAAUAUAUUUACUGAAACUCCAAUUGUCGUUAAUGAAGUUUUAAAUGCUUAUCAGGAUAUAGAAUUCAUUGAUGAUACUUAUGUUUUCAUUAAACUUUUGGAAAUAAGAGUCAUCAAACCAUUGAAAGAUUUUAUAAGGAAAGAAUUUAAUGCAUUAGAAGAUGAUGUAACUUCAUUCAGAGACUUUGAUUUUGACAAUGUUUUGAACCAUGGUUUUCAUGACUACGUUCAAUAUGUUGCAUAUAGAUCUGUCGUUUUUUCAAUAAUUCAAACAUUUUAUCAAAUUUGUUAUCAAAGAUUAAAAUUCAUUAAUGAUCAAAACUCAAAGAUUUCAAAAGUCAUAUUUAUUAAAACAAUGAAGUAUUCGUUGGGAAUUAUCAGCUUAAACAAAGAAUUUUUAAUUGCCUAUAAAAGAUUAUCAUUACAUCCAAAUGGUAAUAAUUUUUAUCCUUUACCGUCUUUGAGAAUGACGUUUUAUCCAUCUAUUAGGUUAUCUCAUAGAAGAGCAACCUUAUUCAUUUAUACAAGAUUAUUAGAUCAAUUGAAAAUUAAAGACAUACCAAAAUUUGUUGAUGAUUUUUUUUACAAAUCAGAUUCCAUAUCAGAUAGUAGUGAAAUAUUACAAAAAUUUGAACAACAAGAUAUUUAUCAUGAAAAUGAUUAUACUUAUUUGGAUUAUUGUGAUAUGGAAAUUGAUGAUAAUUAUGAUGCAUUGAUUUUAAAGUUUGAUAAAUUUCAAGAUUGGAAAUUUGUAUCAUACAUAUCGGCAAGUAUAAUUCAAGAAUCUUUCAAUUGUCUUAAAGUCAACGAUCGCUUCAAUUUUGAUUUCAUUACUUACAAUUACCUUUAUUUUAUAACAUUUAAACUUUCAAAAUUUUUCUUACGUUAUGCAUAUUCAAGUUUAAAUGAAAAAAAACCCAAGUCAACAUCAACUACUAAUAAUCAGAAAGAUUCUAAAGCCGUUAAAGAGUUCAAAAAACAAUUUGAAUCAAGAAGGGACUCUUUCAAUUUCAAGACUUUUUUCCAAGAUUCUUAUAUUUAUAAAGAUUCAGAUGAUCAUAAAUUGAAUGAAUUAUUCAGCAGUUUAGAUCUACCUAUAGCGAAUGAUUCAAAGCUUUUUUUCAAAUGGUUUGAUCAAUAA